AUGUUAGCAAUUGUAUUUAUAUUUUUAAUUUCAAGUUUUUACAUAUUUAACAAAACAUCAUGUAAUCUUAUUGUUCAUCCAUCGCUAACAGAUAUAUUUGUUGAAAAUGUUAGGGAUAAUAUUUUCAUUUUACCUACAAAAGUAACAAACAAAAAAUUAAAAACACCACAUUGUUCAAGUGAUGAUGAUAAUUCAUGUCAUAAUAUAAAUAAAGAUAAAUAUAUUUUUUCUCAAAAUAUAAAUGAUGUUUUGGAAAAUCAUAAUAAUGAAAAGGUUGCUUACAUGCACAGAAACCCAUUUUAUUUUACCACAUUAAAUGAUAAUAAAAGUAUUAAUAUAGAUUUAGAAAUAAAAAAAGAAGAAUGCAAAAUAUAUAAAAAUAAAAACAAUUAUAAUAUAUUUUAUAAUUCUGUUAAUUUUAUAUUAGAUAAUGUUUCUUUUUUUUUUAAAAAAAUUAAUAAAAAUAAAACCAAUAAUUUUAACCAAUUAAUAUAUCCAUCCUAUUUUAUAGAUAUUAAUAAGACAUAUAUUUUAAAUCAAUCAUAUCAAAUAAAUGAAAACAGUAAACAUAAAAUUAAAGGAUCCCGUUUAGGGGAACAUAUAGAUGAUCUUAAAACUUAUUCAUUUAUAGAACCUUUAUCUUUAGCAAUUGAUGAAAUCAAUUUUAAUAAUUUUUUUGAAAAUAUAUGGAAUGGAAAUAGAUUUAAUUACAUAUUUUUAAAGGAAGAUAAAACAAACGAAAACAUAAAUAAUAAUAACGAUCAGAACAACGAACAGAAUAAUUAUCUUUUAUAUAAUUAUGACCAAAUUAGAAAAAAUGACAAAAUAAAUAGCUUAAAAAAUUAUGCUUUUGACACACAAACAAAAGUGAAAAACCUUAAAAAUCAUUUAAAGGAAAGCAUUUUGGAAAACACAACAUCUAGUAGCAUAAUCCCUGAGGAAAAGACAAAAGAUUUAUAUAGAUAUAAUGAUGUUGAAAAUUUGGAGAAAAUAAAUAACAUAGAUUUUGAUGAUAAUAAUAGUAGUAGUAAAGCAAAUGAAUAUCACACAAGUUUUGAUUUAAAAAAUAAUUCAGAUUUAAACUUGUCUAUUAAUAAAAUUUUUAAAGAAUAUCAAAUAAAUGAAGAAACCGACUUUGAACAUGUUCUUAUGAAUAAUAAAAAAUUAAAUAUUGGGAUAUGUACAAAGGAAAAAAAAAAAAAAUAUUUAAAUUUUGAUCAUUUUUUUAAAAAUAGCUUAAAAAGUGGUACAUUAAAAAAAAUUAUAUUUAGAAAACAAUUAACAAAAUAUAAAUAUGGAAAUAAUGAAUUAGUAAAAUAUGAACAAGAAUAUACAUGUAUUUUUUUUAGAUAUAUGGAAAAUCUUGAAUUUAUAUUUUAUGUAAAUAAAAAUAGAGAAAAAAAAAGUUUAAAAUUUUCUGAUUAUACAUUAUACGAAAAAUGGAAAAAUAAAAAUUUCAAUAAAUCAAAAUUAUCUAUGCUUUCAACAAAUAUUUUGCAUAAUUUAAAAAAUUAUGAUUAUAAAUAUAAUAAAUAUAUUUACAAAUUACAUACCGAUUUUAUUGGUGUGUGCAAAAUGAUGGCUCCUAUAAAUAUGUAUAAAAAUAAAAUGUUAUUAGAUUUUUUUUUUAAUAUAAACAUUUGUUAUGAUAGUAAUUAUAUUUCAAAACAUAUUUAUUUUGACAAUAAAAUAAAAGACGAUAUUAUUUUGGGUGGGGUUUGGAGUUAUGGCAUUUCCAAAAAAGUAAAGAGUAUUGGCAAAGAAAUUAAAAAAAAAUAUGAACAAAAAGACGAUAAGCAUAAUUACAUUUAUGGGGAAUAUCGAAAUAGUGAGAAAUAUUUUACUAACCCAAUUGAAACCACAAAAAGGUGUAUCAAUAAUGAUAAUGAUUGUAUUAACAAAUUUAUUAGCUCAAAUGCCAAUGGAAAAAAAAAAAGCAAAAUAUACAUCAUGGAAAAAGUGUUAAACCCUAAUGUCGAGGCUUCUAAACGAUUUAAAAGAAUGAAGGAAUUAAAUUUGUAUAUAAAUAAUUUAGAAGAAAAAUCAGAACGUGAUUAUAUAAUAAAAGAUAUUAUAACAAAUAACAAUGGAAUAUUAUUAUUAUCAAAAAAAGGAUUUAUAAAAUUUAAAACGCCAAUAGUAUUAAGCGAGUUAUAUAUUGAAAUACAUCCAAACCCAUUAUAUAAUUUAAUUUGUAAAAAUGAUAAUAUCUCUGAUGAAAUAAAAAAAGGAGGCAUAUCAAAAUCGCAAGUUAGUUUUUCUUCAAAUGUCAACAAAGAAGAAAAUAAAACAGAAUGUAAAUAUAAAAAUAUUCAAUAUAUUUAUUUAUUUUUUAAUUUUUAUAUUAACGAUAAUAAUAAAUUUAACAUAAAAAUUGAUGUAAAUAUAGAGCAUUUGAAAAAGAUUGACAUUAAUAAUGAUACUACUCCGAUUUUUUAUUUAAACGUUUUAGAUUAUUUAAAAAACAAUAUUCAUCAAUAUAGAAUAAAUAAAAUAGAAAUAGAAUAUUCUUUUUAUCCAAUUUCACAAAAAAAUGCAUUUUUCGAUCACAAUAAUUUACCUUUUUAUAUAUCUUUAAAUAAUAUAAUAAUAAAUAAAAGUGAACAAAUAUUUAAAUAUAUUCCAAUCUUCUUUACACACAAUAAUAAUUUUAUAGCUUUAUUAAAAAAUAACUUUAAGAAUUAUCGAAUGAAAUUAAAUCAGGAUAUUUCCAAAAAUAACAAGCAAAAUGAAUAUUCGAAAAAAAUAAAUAACAAAAAUGAAAAUAAUAACAACAAUAAUAAUAGGUAUGAACAAAAUGAAUGGGCAAGUAUUUUUAGCAGUUCAAUGAAUGAUCAAGAAAAUAUAAAUUUAAUAAAUGAUCAAAAUAAUGAAGAAAAUGCAUGGAAAAAUGAAGAUCGAGAUUAUAUUUUUUCUGAUAUUUCAAAUCGAGGUAAUUCAACAAAUUUUAUAGAUGAAAUUAAUGUUGGAAAAAAUGGGAAAAACAACACACAUCAAGAUUCGUUAUAUAUUGAUCAAGUUGAAAAAAAUGAUAAAAAUAAAUUAACAAGUUUUAAUUCGUUUUGUAUAUUUACAUCAUUAAAUGAAAAAAUGUUUUAUCAAUACUUAACUAAAUAUAUAUGUACAAAUGAUGGAUGCUUGGCUCCAGAAAAUAAUGUUUUAAAAUAUAAUUUUUAUAAACAUGGCAAAGAAUAUCAAAACAAAAAUAAUGAUACUAUAUUUAACCAAAACAAAAAUAAUGACACUAUAUUUAAUCAAAACAAAAAUAAUGACACUAUAUUUAAUCAAAACAAAAAUAAUGAUACUAUAAAUGUUUACACAGUUAUAAAAUCGUCAUUUGAUGAUAAUAUUGAAAUUCUACCUUUAUCAGAAAUAGAUAAUAAUAUUAUAAUUGAAAAAAUUCAAAAAGAAUAUUUUGAUUCUUUAAAAAAAGAAAUGGAAUAUCAUAAAUCAACAAAUACUGUAGAAAGCAAUGUUGCAUAUAAUAUGAAAAAAAUAUAUUUUUAUGAAUAUAUAGAUAAAAGAUAUAUUAUUCCACCUUAUAUUAAAGGUAUACUAAUUAAUUAUGAAAAAAAAAAUGAGAAAUUUCUUUAUGAUUUAUAUAAUAAUUUAUUAUAUAUUAUUCAAUUAAAUUUAGAAAAAAACAAUUAUAAUUAUACAAGAAAUAUCUUUGAUACAAUAUAUAUUUACACUGCUCUUAUUCCAAUUGAAAGUGAUUUAUUUAAUUUUAAUUUUUUAUCUGAAAAUAAUUUAACAUUAAAACAAAUACAAGGAUCAAACACACAAACCAUAUUUAAAAAUUUAAUACCAUUUACAAAAUAUGACGAUUUCUAUACUUCAAAUAAUCCUAAAUCAAAUAUGAUUAAAAUAAAAAUUAUGGAUUUUAAUCUAUAUGAUAUUACUGAAAAUUUUGUAGAAUUAAAUCAAGGGGAAGAAUAUCAAAAAAAUAUUGUAAAUUUAAUAAAAACUGCGAUUAAGGAUUCAUUAAUUGAUAAUCCAAAUGAAGAAACAAUUCAUCAAUAA